UUAGUGAGAAAGAUGACAGCUUCCUAUUUCAGCUAUUCUGAACUCUUAAGCAACACUUUGCACUGCGCAGAAAGGAAGAGUUCAAGAGUGGGAAGAUUGCAAUAUGUGUAGAAACUGCUAACAGUGUAAAGGAGGGAAGAUACGUCAACUAACCGAGCCAGCUCGACACAUGGCUGUUCACAGUUCAGUUAAUGGGACAACAGCCAUCCCAUGGAGGAGCAGCAGGAGGAAACUGUCACUGCUGGAUCAGCUGAAAGGCUGCCAGGAGGCCUGGUGCCCCGGGGGAGCCUGGGACAGAGAGGGGGUUCACGCUGCUAUCUGUGGGACACCUGCUGGGAGUUUCCUGGUUGUGCGGGACUCUGUGACGUCUCAGCCAAGCCUGCUGUGUGUGUCUGCCGGAGCGCAGAAUGAGGAAGUCUUUGAUUAUAAUAUCAAAUGCACAGGAGCAGUUUUCCAACUGUCUGAGUCUCAUCUGUCUUUCUCUGACUUGACUCAGCUGGUGCUCUUCUACUCUCUGACCAGGGAUGUGCUGGCUGUUUGUCUCCACAUUCCUCGCUGGAUCUACAGCGUAACAGACACAAACAAAGAGCGUCUUUCACAGCUUGAACCUAAAACUUGGCUUUCCACACCGCCUGAUCAACAGACUGAUGAAAUGUCCCACAGGGAACCAAGCAGCAUGAUGUGCUCCAUACAGCUGACUUCCACAAACGGGGCCCUGUGUAUCAUCAAUCCCCUCUACCUCCGUGAACAUGGAGAUGAGUGGCUGACCCACAGGCCAGCUGCCGCACAGCCGUCAAAUUACAGACGAGAGCGACGCCUCAGCACCACCCGGCAAUGGGCAGGCGCAGGGUUACAAAGUAAACGAGCCAUCUCUUUGGAGCAAGAAACCCCUGCUCCCAAUACAGAGAGCUCAGGUUUAAUCAGAGCCUGUUCCGCUGAUUCAGCACCAACUGAGCAAACACCAGCAGGGGUGGUCCUCCGGCGGCCCAGUCGGGAUUUAGUAAUCCCCCAGCCUCAGAGAGUGAGCACGGGGAGCCUACCUUCAUCCACUUCCUCCACCCCCAGAAAUGGAACACCUGAGUUGCAGCGCCACAGCAGCCCCGUGCCUCAGUCUCCUCACAGGGUGUCCUGGAUUGAGGAUGGCGUCUGGCUGCCUCCACCCAGGCCUUCUUCCUUGCUCCAGCCUCCAUCACUCGAGCUUGACUCGCUUUCAAUCAGCAGCAUAGAGGAAGAGAUGGAGCCCCAGAUGCUAAGCUCGUCACAUCACCACGCUUCAGCACACCGUUUGGCUGAUAAGGUCCUACAUCGCCUCUCUGCCGUGGGCCAGGCGCUGGGUGGGCUGGUAAGCCAGAAAAAAAGACUGUCCAAUCGUGUGCAAGAGCUGAGUGAGAGGAAAGGUGCUGCAUUCGCAGAGGCUGUGAAGGGAUUUGUGGAGAUGACAUCGAAGCGAGGGACUGAUCCUAGUGGUGUCACAGGGUCGGAGUUCUUACAGGAAGUGAGAUUAUCACUCUCAUCACUGAGGGAGACACUGCUGGAAAAUGCAGAAAUCCAGAUGUUACUGGACAGCAUAACUGACUUAAAUGACUCAGAGAUUGACACCCUGGUGGAGCUCUCCAUCCACAAAGUGGCUCUGAAGCCUGUCUCCAGCCACCUCUACUCCUGCAUAGAAACCUCCCGAACCAAUGAUGGCACCUUCGAGCGUCUCCAGAGCAACCUGCGCUUGCUGGAAAAGAACGAGGUGACUGAACUAGGAGGUUCAGCAGGAGUCGGAGUUCCUGACUCCGUCACGCUAGACCGUAUCCAGCAGAAAUGGAAUAAUAUGCACGAUGUCUACUCCCCAAACAAGAAAGUGGAGAUCAUGCUCAAAGUCUGCAAGAGCAUCUAUCACAGCAUGAGUGCCAAUGCUAGCUCAGCAGGUAAAGUGUAUGGAGCAGAUGAUUUCCUGCCCUGCCUGACGUGGGUGCUGCUUCGUAGCAACCUGGUCACCUUGCAGGUAGACACAGAUUACAUGAUGGAACUGCUGGAUCCCACACAGCUACAAGGAGAGGGUGGCUACUACCUUACAACUCUAUAUGCCUCUCUCUACUACAUCAGCAGUUUCCGCCCACGACUGGCUGCCCGUCAGCUCAGUGUGGAAGCCCAACAGUCUCUCAAUCAGUGGCAUCGCAGACGCACACUGCACUGUAACCAGUCGCGUCGCAGCAAGCACAGACGGACUAUUCGGAGGCAGGUUUGUCGGGACGGGAGUAAAGAUGAAAGCAAAAAUGAAAAUGCAUCCGUUAGUAUAGACAGGUCACAGGAACAGGAAGAAAGCAACACAGAGGCUCUGCAGACACUGAGCGAGGAGACAGGGAGGGAACAAGGAGCCAAUGACCAAUCACAGCCUACUAGUCCAACUUCUGACUCUCAACCUGUGACACAGGAAGAGGAAACAACAAGCAAACAGGAAGAUAGCCAGACUUCUGGUGAAGGAAAAGAGGAGGACCACAGAGCAUUAUAAUGUGAUGCACAUCGUCAGGAGAAGGUCAAAGACCCUCAAAAUGUUCUUACUGGUCAAAGUCAUUUCACACCUGUUGAAAUUCUUGCAAAGAGGUAAAUUAAGCUUUUAACAUCUGUCACUAAUACCGUGGUGUCAGUUAAUGUGAACAUGUGCCUAACUCAGCCUGAGGAUUGGGACUCCUCUUGAGUCUCAUUAUAAAGCUGGAGGGUCACAGGUUGAGAGGAUGAAUGAGAUACUAAAGUGACAUUUCUUAAAUUUGAGCUGUUUUCUUCUGAAGUGUAACAAGGGGUGUCACACAUGGACACCGCUCUCUUGUCACACUCCAAAAAGAUUCAAAGCACUGGUCUAAAUGACAACAAGUUUAAUGUCAUAAGUGAGCUGUAAAGACAACACUUGUUACUAGAGACUUGCUUAAUGGGAGCUUAUUUGGCCACCAUGAUCAGUGUAAAUGUGUCACAUAGAUCAGUGUUCCCCCUCUUACUCCGGGGGGUUAAAUCUAGUAAUUGAUCACAUUGAUCAAUUAACAGUAUAUAUUAAACAUAAGCAAUGUAUUUGAUAUAGUUGCUUUAUCACAUUUCCUAAACCCCCCUGACCAGGAAGUGGUUGCAUUUUGUAAGAUGUGCCCUGGGUUGGAAUCCUUCAUGCUGAUUAAUUUAAACUUGUAUCAUUCGACAUUUCUAAAUGUGGUCAUAUUAAAGCAGUAGCCUGCCAAAAGAGUGAAGUCAUUAUGGUCUAAAAAAGUCUGCUUAGGUUGUACAGUUUAUUCUGUAGCUGUUUUCAGGUAAAUGCAGUCCCACUUUGUGUUGCUCAUAGAGUAUAUUAUUAUUAUUAUUAUUAUUAUUAUUAUUAUUAUUAUUAUUAUUAUUAUUAUUAUUAUUAUUACAGAAGCUUGCUCCAAGAUGAAAUGCUAAAAUGUACUUGGACAGUGUUGCUAACUCUAUUAAUUUUGUUAAUAGCGUUAAAUGGUGUUAGCAGUAACACUUUG